AUGGAACAUUUAUACCCGCACUCCAGCACCCCAGCACCCAUCAUCCCAGCACCCACCACUCCAUCCAACCCAUCGCAGAGAGAAAUAAUCGUGCUGGGGCGGCUAUAUCACCCCCGUUUCGUGCACCUGCACAGCUACUGCAUGGAACGCAGCGAGGCUCUGCUCGUGUACGAGCUCGUGACGGGGGGCAGCCUUGACAACGUGCUGCUGGAAAGUGCGAGCGGCAAGCGCUCCUUCAGCUGGGACAUGCGGCUGCAGGUGGCGGUGCACGUGGCAGAAGGCCUCGCCUUCUUGCAUGGAAGCAACCUCAUUCACCGCAAUCUGAAAGCCUUCAACGUGCUGCUCUCUCCCGAGUACAGUGCAAAGCUGAAAGGCUUUGGGAUGGUACGAGCUGGUCCCGAUAGGCAACUGCAUUCGACAGUAUCAACUCGCAUCAUGGGCACUGGAGGCUACAUCGACCCUGCUUACAUGGCGACAGGACACCUGGGUGCCAAAAGUGACGUCUACUCCUUUGGCGUUCUCCUGUUUGAGCUGGUAACCGGCAGGAGAGUGGCGGACGAGGGAGACAGGGUGGUCACCGAUCAUGGAGCAGAAGCAGCAGCUACAGCUGCUGCACUUGAGGCGGGAAAAAAGGGUCGAUUGAAAGGCCAAUGGAGGUGA